AUGCCACGAGUACCAGAGUCUGUCGACCACUCUGUCAUCGACUUUCGACGAUACUACUUCUACGCGACCAUAUACAACGUACCACCAAUAUUCCUCACCUACCCGUUCAGGACCGUGCGCCUACUUCAACAAAGCAAAACUUCUAUCCCCGUCUCGACCUCGGUCUUCAAAGUCAUCCGAAAUGUCUACAAGAAGAACGGAUUCCGAGCGCUCUUCGCAGGAUCAGCCAUCUUUACCACGGGAGUGACGACGACCAAGAUUGUGCAGUUUGCGACGUACGACUACUCUGCACAAAAGAUCAAGGAGAACAAGUACUUUGGGUAUCCUGUCCUUCAGAACUCGAAUGUACUGAGCGGUGUUUUGGGAUCCUUUUCAGCGGUCGUGUCACAACAAAUCACUAUCACCAAGGCAGGAACUCUGCCCAACGCCUCAGAUCUUCCUCUCUACGUCACAGGAUCCAAAGAGCCUCUGGAGAGACCAGCACAAAUGACCAUCUCCCAGUCUCUACGCGCCCAGUUCAAACAGGAGGGUUUACGGUUCUUGUUCCGCGGAUACUAUGCCUCCCUCCUCUCGACAGGACCCUUCUUUGCGGCAUACUUCCCGGCGUACGAAAUCUCUAGAGUCUGGGUCAAGGACGGGAUCGACUACAUCCGGGACGUGCAAGCAGCACGCUCGCACAACCCGAACCCUUUCCCUCGGCAGAGCUCACACCAGUUUCUGAUUUCAUCCAUUGCAGGAAGCAUCGCGUCCUUGGCAGGAGUCUUUGUGUCGUCACCGGCAGACAUGGUCAAGACACGAGUGCAGACAGAGCAGAGGUUACAGCCAACAAAUGCAUCUGGGAUCAAGUUGCCCCUGCCAUCCCUCAGAUGGAUGGAGGUCUUCAAGGAGGUUAUGAAAAAGGAAGGACCAAUGGCACUCUUUUCGGGAGCAAAGGCGAGAGCCAUACUUGCCGUCCCUGGAGGAACACUCAACUUUAUUAUUUUCGACCUGGUCCGAGCCAGGAGUCUCAAGGAGAAGCAGCCGACGAGUAUGCAGGCGGAGCGACAGGUCAUGCUCGAGACUUUGUUUGUACUGGACAAGCAGUUCCAUGAUUAUGUGGAAGUGGACGAGGGGCUUGGUCAGUCUGCGCUGCUUUCGACAAGUGGGUUGAUGCCCGACCAGGAUAUGGCAGAAACACACAUGUUCAAUGCACCUGUUCCACCUGCACCAGCAUCGACGAUGACUCUGUCACCCUCACCUCUGCCACCUCUUCCACCUCCCACAGGACCACCACCAAACGAACCAGCAGAUGGAGAGAAUGUAAAAGAAGCAUGUCUGCCUGCAUCAGCUGUAUCUUCGCCUCAUCAAGGACCACAGAAUCUGUCAGACCGUCCCAUUCAUAUCACCCUCAUGCAACAUGAGAGCUAUUGA